AUGGAGGCUCUGCUCCGCCAGUCGAGGACAAUGUGCCCGUUCCUCCAUAAGACGUCUCCCGCCACGCUUCGCUCGCUUUCGACCACCGCCGCCAGCCACGAUGUCACCCCGAGUGCUGGAAGCAUGUCGAAUCUCCAGGUGCUCGGCAAGCGCUGCCCCAUCAUGGGAAAGGCUCUUGCCGUCCAGAGCGCUCGUUCCGGCAACAGCGCCCUCGCCGGUGCGUUCGGCGGAGUGCGCGCCUACCACACCCGUGUGAACCGCGCGAAGCUGCACACUACUGCGCACAAGGAAGCUCACGUCGAGACUGAGCGCAUCCGUGGCCAGCAAGCUCCGAUUCCGUUUCCUCACGCAGCGCAGAAGCCAGCGGUCGCGAGAUCUGCUGACGUCGGUAAAGCGCAUGGUGCCAAGGCUGCACACUUCGACUACGAAGCAUACUACGAGAGCGAGUUGGACAAGAAGCACAAGGACAAGUCGUACCGCUACUUCAACAACAUCAACCGCCUGGCCAAGGAGUUCCCGCGCGCUCACAAGGAAUCGCCCGAGGACAAGGUCACGGUAUGGUGCUCUAACGACUACCUCGGCAUGGGCCGCAACCCGGCUGUGCUGAAGUCGAUGCACGAGACUCUGGAUAACUAUGGAGCUGGCGCCGGAGGCACCAGGAACAUUUCUGGCCACAACCAACAUGCAGUCGGGCUGGAGGACACCAUCGCGAAGCUUCACUCCAAAGAGGCUUCUCUGGUUUUCUCUUCGUGCUACGUUGCCAACGAUGCGACUCUCGCGACUCUUGGUAGCAAGAUGCCCAACUGCGUGAUCCUCUCGGACAGUCUCAAUCACGCCUCGAUGAUCCAGGGUAUUCGCCACUCUGGCGCAAAGAAGAUGGUUUUCAAGCACAAUGAUGUCGCUGAUCUCGAGGCUAAGCUGGCUUCAAUCCCCGCUGAAUACCCCAAGAUCAUUGCCUUUGAGAGUGUGUACAGCAUGUGCGGCUCUAUUGGUCCUAUUGAGGAAAUUUGCGACCUUGCAGAGAAGUACGGCGCAAUCACGUUCCUAGACGAGGUUCACGCAGUUGGCAUGUACGGAUCGCACGGUGCUGGCGUCGCAGAACACCUCGAUUACGAGGCUCACAAGGCGGGCAAGCCCCAAGGCACAAUCAUGGACCGAAUUGACAUCAUCACUGGAACCCUUGGAAAAGCCUACGGCUGCGUUGGUGGCUACAUUGCUGGCUCUGCUAAGCUUGUUGAUACGGUGAGGUCGCUCGCACCUGGCUUCAUCUUCACGACUUCGCUCCCACCUGCGACUAUGGCUGGCGCGAAGACUGCCAUCGAGUACCAAGCGAACUACCAGGGCGAUAGGCGCCUUCAGCAGUUGCACACUCGUGCGGUCAAGGAUGAACUGAACGCGCGCGACAUUCCGGUUAUUCCCAACCCUAGUCACAUCGUGCCCGUCCUGGUUGGCAACGCAGAAGUUGCUAAGAAAGCUUCUGACCUGCUCCUCGAAGACUGGGGUAUCUACGUGCAGGCGAUCAACUACCCCACCGUCCCUGUCGGCCAGGAGCGUCUUCGCGUCACACCAACCCCCGGCCACAUUCGCGAAUACCGUGAGCAUCUCGUGGAGGCUUUUGACGCCGUCUGGAAGCAGCUCGGCAUCAAGCGCACUAGCGAGUGGGCUGCCGAGGGCGGCUUCAUCGGCGUUGGCGAGUCUGGCAAAGCUGAGGAGCUUCCUCUUUGGACCGAUGAGCAGCUCGGUGUUGAUACGGUCCUGAAGGAGAUGAAGGCCGGCCAGGGCGCUGCUGGCGUCUUGGAAGCUGUUCUCGAGGACGAGCGCAAGGCCACGGCUCAGGCUGUCAGCGCUUCAGCUUGA